UCACGAAGUGUGCAUGUACGAGUAGAUCCCACGACCCUGUCUUCUUUGACCCCCACUAAUGCCAAACGAUCGUGUUAUUUGCAGUUUUUUGUAAGACUCGAUCAUAUCCGCAAGUGCUUUACUCAGAAGGAUGGGAUCUUUGUAUUGGAAGAAUUCAAUCCUAAAACUAGACAAGUAAUUCAACGUAAAUAUAAGUCUCAAAUGGCAGAUCAAAUCUGCUACUCGGUACUCUGUGUGUUCUCCUACUUGGCCGCUGGAUUGGAGCAACGGAAACAAAUACCGAACCAGCAAUCGCGACACCAGCAACAAUCCCAGCAGCAAUCGCAACAACAACAGCAACAUCAUCAACCACAACAGCAACAGCAACAACAGCAGCAACAUCAUCAACCGCAACAGCAACAACGUCAACAACCGCAACAGAAACAGUUCCAGCAACACCAGCAACCACAACAACACCAACAGUACCAGCAACGCCAGCAACACCAACAACCACAGCAACGUUCUCAAUACCCGACGCAGCCACCGCGUCAGCCGCACCAGCAACCGCAGCAACAUCAACACCAACAUCAGCAACCGCAAGCUCAGCAACAUCAACACCAACAUCAGCAACCGCAAGCUCAGCAACAAUUUCAACAGCAUUCAGGCUUUGUAUACCGUGCACUUGCAGUUCUGCGAAGAAGUGGAUCGAAUGUACUUCGAAACGACUCUUGGUCCACCUCGCCAAGUAUUUUCAGAAUAAAACGUAUAAAUCGAAUCUUUCGAGAAGCUCGAAACAACUCAAAUAAUUUUUUGUUUUUUAUUCAAUUAAAUAAGACGAGGAAUCUAACAUAG